GCGCUGGGCGGCGAGAGCCUCAUGGCGGAGGAAGAGAGCGACCAAGAGGCCGAACGCCUCGGAGAGGAGCUUGUGGCCAUUGUGGAGUCCCCGCCCGGCCCUGCGGGGCUUGGGGCUGCGGGCGACGGCAGAGGCGGCGCCGGCGGCGGCGGCUGCGGGGACGGCGGCGGCGGGAUCAGCAGCCGGGAUUACUGCCGACGCUUCUGUCAGGUGGUUGAAGAUUAUGCUGGACGAUGGCAGGUCCCUUUGCCACAGCUUCAGGUUCUUCAGACUGCACUUUGCUGUUUUACUUCAGCCAGUGCAUCAUUCCCAGAUGAAUGUGAGCACGUACAAUAUGUUUUGAGUAGCCUUGCUUUGAGUUUCUUUGAGUUGCUGCUGUUCUUUGGAAGAGAUGAGUUUUAUGAAGAGCCCUUAAAGGAUAUUCUUGGAUCAUUCCAGGAAUGCCAGAAUCACCUCCGCAGAUAUGGAAAUGUGAAUCUGGAACUGGUGACUCGAAUCAUUAGAGAUGGUGGCCCAUGGGAAGAUCCAGUGUUGCAAGCUGUUCUUAAAGCCCAGCCAGCAUCUCAGGAGAUAGUGAAUAAAUAUUUAAGUUCUGAAAAUCCACUGUUCUUUGAACUACGUGCCAGAUACCUGAUAGCUUGUGAACGCAUACCAGAAGCAAUGGCUCUUAUUAAAUCUUGUAUAAAUCACCCAGAAAUCAGUAAAGACUUGUACUUCCAUCAAGCUUUCUUCACAUGUCUGUUUAUGUCACCUGUAGAAGAUCAGCUAUUACGGGAGCAUUUAUUGAAAACCGAUUGUAAGAGUGGGAUUGAUAUCAUCUGUAAUACUGAAAAAGAAGGCAAGACUCUCUUAGCCUUACAACUCUGUGAAUCAUUUCUUAUUCCACAGCUCCAGAAUGGGGAUAUGUACUGUAUCUGGGAGUUGAUUUUCAUAUGGAGUAAACUUCAGCUUAAGUCUAAUCCUUCAAAACAAGUUUUUGUAGAUCAAUGCUACCAGCUUUUAAGAACAGCAACUAAUGUGAGAGUCAUAUUUCCUUUCAUGAAAAUCAUUAAAGAUGAGGUUGAAGAAGAAGGUUUACAAAUUUGUGUUGAAAUAUGUGGUUGUGCUUUACAACUAGACCUUCAUGAUGAUCCCAAAACUAAAUGUCUAAUUUAUAAAACAAUUGCACAUUUUUUGCCAAAUGAUUUGGAGAUUCUCAGAAUUUGUGCACUCUCAAUAUUUUUUCUUGAGCGCUCCGUGGAAGCUUAUCAUACUGUUGAAGAGCUUUACAAACAUCCAGAUGAAGAAUAUAAUGAAGGCACAAGCUGUGUCCAAAAUCGUGUUCGUUUUGAAUUACUUCCAAUUUUAAAAAAGGGAUUGUUUUUUGAUCCUGAAUUCUGGAACUUCGUAAUGAUUAAGAAGAACUGUGUAGCAUUACUGAGUGAUAAAUCAGCACUUAGGUUUCUAAACGAAAGUACACUGGAAAAUUCUAUAGAUAAUCUAAAAAAGGCAGCAGAACAGCAUGAUUUGGAUGAAGGAUUUGACUCUCUUAUAGAUGAGAUCACUGGAGAGCUUGAUCCUGACGAUAUAUCUGGAAUGCAACCUAAAGAUCAUAUUAAUACAAAGAAAAACCUUACAGCUCUUAAUACUUCCAAAGUAGAUCACAAUGUCCCAAGGCACCGGUGUAUGUUAUGUAACAAGGAAUUUCUAGGUGGUCACAUUGUAAGGCAUGCCCAGGCUCAUCAAAAAAAGGGCAGUUUUUCAUGUGUAAUAUGUGGUAGAAAAUUUAGAAACAGAGGGCUUAUGCAGAAGCAUUUAAAGAAUCAUGUUAAGAAAAUACAGAGACAGCAAAUUGCUGCAGCUCAACAGGAAGAAAUUCCAGCUUUGGAAGAAAUUCAUUGCUCCAAUUCUUUCAUUUCAUUUGAAAAUGGGAAUUCUGAUAACAAGGAUUUGGAAGUUGAAAUUAUUACUGCUUCCAAUGAUGGAAACAAAGAAGUCAUUCCUGCACAUGUGACUGAAUUCAUUGAAAUCCCUGUAAGUGUAUCAGAAGAUGCCACUGAAAACAUUAUUGAAAAUGGUAGUCCUGAUACUUCUUUAAAUACUGUCUCAGAGCCGUUACCUAUAUGUGAGGACGAGGAAGAGGAAGAGGAUGAAGAAGGUGAUUAUGAAGAAGAUGAUUACGACUUAAACCAAGAAACUUCAGUACUUCAUAAAAUCAAUGGAACCGUGUGCCAUCCGAAAGACAUAUAUGCUACAGAUCAAGAAGGAAACUUUAAAUGUCCUGCUCUUGGUUGUGUCAGGAUAUUUAAAAGAAUUGGAUUUCUAAAUAAACAUGCAAGGACUGUACAUCCAACUGAUUUAAAUGUGCGACAAACAGUAAUGAAGUGGAGCAAAGGAAAAUGUAAAUUUUGUCAAAGGCAGUUUGAAGAUUCCCAACAUUUUAUAGAUCACCUUAAUAGACACAGCUAUCCAAAUGUGUACUUUUGUUUGCAUUUUAACUGCAAUGAGUCGUUUAAACUGCCAUUCCAGCUUGCUCAGCACACAAAGAGUCACAGGAUAUUUCAAGCUCAGUGCAGUUUUCCAGAAUGCCAUGAGCUUUUUGAAGAUCUUCCUCUUCUCUAUGAACAUGAAGCUCAGCACUAUUUAAGUAAAACACCAGAAUCAUCUGCACAACCAAGUGAAGCAAUUCUUUGGGAUGUUAUUACAGACUCAAAUCCUAAUCAUCAGGAAAAAGACUCAUCUAGUAAUGAGAAACAAACUGUUAGUCUGCCAGUUUCUACUAGCAAAUUAAGGAAAGAUUCUACAGAACCAAAGAUGUGUACAGAAAGUAUGGAAAAGAAAACAGACAGUUUAGUUCAGAAUGGAAAUGAACAUUCUGAUGACACUGUUUCUGAUAAAAGCUUGAUAGACCAAAAGAUGCCUGACAUUGAGCCAAAUUCUGAAAAUAAUUGUAGUAUUAGUGAUUUAGUCAAUGGACACAGUGGACUAGAGCAGGCGGCUUUAGUUUCAUCAGAUCCUGCUUUGAAAAGUGAUACACAUAAAAUCAGGACAGAAAAUGGUUCCAUCUUACCCACUGUUGUAUCACAAGAACACACUACUCUACCGGUAUCUCAGGCACCUUCCAAACCAAAUCUGACAAGUGAACAUACUUCAUAUGGCUUAAUUUUAACAAAGCCAUAUGUUAGACCAUUGCCUCCCAGUUACCUUGAUGAACGGUACCUUAGUAUGCCAAAACGCAGAAAAUUUCUGACUGAUAAAGUAGAUGCCUGUUCUGAUCAAGAUAAUGUUUGUAAAAAACCGGUGAAAAGAUUAAGAUGUGGCAAAUGCCUGACCACCUACUGUAAUGCUGAAGCACUUGAGGCUCACCUUGCACAAAAGAAAUGUCAGACACUCUUUGGAUUUGAUUCAGAUGAUGAAAGUGCCUGAUAAAAAUGUUUCAGAAAGAUCUGUCGAUCAAGCAGUAGUGUGAAAAAAGCACUACAAGAAAAUGCAUCAUCAGUUUGCUAUUUCCCUGAUGGCCUUAAAUUUAGAACGGUCUUGGAUUACUUAAGAAAAAGACAAAGCACAUUUUCUAGAAUGAACUCACUGAAGAGAUGUGCUGGUAUAGACUCCAAAAGAGUUAUGACAAAACUCCCAAAGUACCAGUUAUCCAGAAAACCACACUUUUUAAAAAGUUGAUGAUUAAUAGCAGCAUGAUCACGUUUCACUUAUGUGAGAAAUAUGUUCAGGCAACUAGUCAGAAGAUAAACCAGCUAUGGCCUUACAGAAAGGGAAGAGUUAAUCCAUUAUAUAAAAGGGGGUGGUGUUGGUUUAUAAUAAACAACUUAAAGCAUUCUACAAAUGGAAUUUGUUUUCUUGUCAUGCAUAAUCAGAGUAUGUCUUCCUUUCUGGUCAAACAUGGAUUAAGGAACCACUACUCUUAGGUUUAUUAUAAUUUAGAAACUGGAACAUGGAAAUAAAUUGAUUUAUGACCAUACUAUCUGGCUGUCUGAUAUAAAUUAUUACAGAUGGUUGAUUACAUCAAAAGUUGAAUUAAUGGCAUGCCAGCAUUGGAAAUUUCAAAAACUAAAACAAAACAGCAAUGCUUUGUUUAAUAAUAAUAAGCUCUUGAUAAAUCUUCCACAUACCUACAAAUGAGUAAAUUUAAAAGGUAACAGUGUCAAUUAAAUAGGAUAAGUACCAACAGUGAGUAACUGGGGAGAGAUGGGAGGAAUCUAAAACCAUUAAAGGCUAUUAGUUGAAGGAAAACACUGAAUUGCAUAUUCCUCAAUGUGAAUAAUGGUAUAAGCACACUGGGAUAUUUCUUAUUUGUAUAUAGAGUAGUGUGAGGACAUUGUUUGAUGAUUCAUAGUAAGGUCCUUUAGACAUUAAUGUGAGUUAUCUAAGUACAGUCCUACAAAAACAACUGGUUAUUAAAAAAAUCAUGUCAUCUAAAGAAAUCAGGGCAAGAGUUCGUUGGUUUUAUUCAAUUAGAAUUAAUUCUAAAGCCAUAUUAUUUAUUAGUAAUGAAUUUGGUCUGAAUAACAAUUUUUAUAUAAGGAAAUAUUUACACAAAAAUUUGCACAUCACGAAUACAGUAAGAUAUAAUGAUCUAUUUAUUUUCCUUGAAAACCAGUAAUUUUCUUAAAGAAGAUUUUUAACUUAUUAGUCAAUACAUUGUUAAAACACAUUCUUUAAAAUACCCUAUCACAUAUUUUCCACUUGUCCAUUCUCUUAAAGAGGAAGCUUAAAUACCUUCUCUUACCUAAACACAUGUUAACCUAAUAGCAAGGAUUAAAAUAAACCUGCAAGGGACAUUCCUUAAAAAUGGAGCUACUGAUAUACCAAUGUCAAGCAAAUAUUCCAUUUAUUUCAAAUGAUGUAUUUUUGUUCAAGUCAGAUAAUCUUAUCAGAUCCUACUAUUACAAAUGUUUGAACAUAAAGCUUCUUGAAUAAAUUUACUAAGGAAGUGGUAGAUGGGACAUUUUCUUAAAGUAGCAUCCAGACUAUAUUAAAUUAGGAUUUCCACGCUAUGGCAGAUUAGAUAUCUAAAAUAAAAUUCCCCAGUAUUAUUAAUUUAUUUAUAAUGAGCAUUCACUUCUAUGCAACUUAUAUUCAUAAAUCCCUUUCAGUCAAAUUCAGGUUUUUGUUGUUAUAUAGCCUACAUUAGGCUGUGAACUUGUCAUUUAAAUAGCAGACAGGUAAACACAACUCAACAGAUUUUUAAAUCAUUUAAGGUCAACUAACAAAAAAUAUUUCCCAUACUUCCUAAUACUAAAAAUUUAAUACUUGUGUUCUAUUUCAGUCUAAAAGAACAUCAGGUAGUAAAAAAUUUAUUUGGAAACUAUUUCAUUUGGACAAUUUUUUUUUUACAUAUCAUUUCUUUGUACAUUUUCCAGAAGUUUAGAAUUACAACUUAACAUUUUAUAAUUUUUAACUUUUUUGCAAGUUAUAACCAUUAGCUCUAUGCCCUCAAAUUAUUUUCAUUCUAUAGUUCAUAUCAAGAUUUUUUAAACAUAUUCCACUUAUUUGUUUUUAAUUUGUGAUUGUAUUUCUGUUUGUGUUGUUAAGGGAAAGCUGUUUCUGAAAGACAGAUUAAAAUGGUUUAGAUAGAACUAAAAGGAAUAUUUUAUAAAAUUCUAUUUGACCACACCAUCCUAAUCGCUCUAUAUACUUUUCAAAUAACUAUUGAAAGAGUGUACAUUUUAUUAUGUAUGUCUUAUACAAAUUUAUAUCAUUUUGUUUUUAUGGGGUGCAUAAACUUGCAACAGUUCUAAUUUGGGAUUCAAACAAAAAGGAAGUUUUCUCAAGUUAUUCUUUUUUUCUUCCUGCUUCUAUUUUGAGGAUUUUUUUUUUUAUCUUACAUGGGCCAAGUUUCAAUGCUUUAUUUUUAAAUAAAAAUUUCCUUCGAACAUUAAAUACUAACUUUCUGCUAUGUUUCUGUAAGGUCAAGAAAAUAGCAAGUCCAAAUUUUCGCUGCUCAGAUAUUAUGGAGGACGUAGAAAAGGGAGAAUCUCUGUGGACAAGGACACUGGUACUUUGGGCUUUAGCCAUAUUCUUUUUUUUUUUUUUUAACCCACCAAUUAUAUAAUAAGUACAUAAUUUAUAACAUUGAACUUGUGAUUCUUUUCAAAUCACACUUGAAGGUUCAGCCGUACUCCUUUCAUGUUUGGUUUAAAUUGUUGUAUGGAUGAAAAACCUAAAAGGGAUGAUAGUGUUUAUUUUUUAAUUUAUUUGGUACUGUAAAACACCUUUUCAGAGUGACUAAAUGCUGCAUAUGCAUUUUGGAAUUGUUAAUAUGUGAAAGAUAUAAAAGAUUCAGCAAGAAAGGAAAUUUGUGCUUCCUUGUUGAAUAUUAAAUUAUUUUACUUUGCAUUUUAUAAGAGUACAAAUUAAAACUGAGCCAUUGAACUGCAAUAAAUCAACAAUAGUGUCUCAUUUCAAGAAAUUUUUUGUACUGUACAUAGAUUUGUUCAAUAAAACAUUGUCCUUGUUGGUAAUGAAGUGUUCAGUUUUAUGUAGCACACUGCUUCAAUUCAAAAGAAAUUAGGCUUAAGGUA